CACACGCACACACAACAAUAAUGGCCAGUGUACAGUGUUAAAUUUACCACUGUACUGCUGCUAUCUCGCCUUUACCCCGCCCUCUUCCUGCCUGCUGCCGCCAUCAAAAGGCAGGAAUGGUGCCGGGACAUUUUUGCACAGUCUGGACGCCUUUGUCAGAAGAGACAAGACGUAGCUAAGUGUUAAUUAUUUUUAUUUAAUAACAGUAUUAGAAACUAUAUUAUCAAAACAGCGGGCGAAGAGGUAAAGUGUAGCUGUAAUGCUGUUUAUGCUCCGACAGAGGUCGCUGUUUCCCCGCCCCCACCCGCCUGCUGCGGCCAUCAGGAAGCGGAAGCAGGAAUGUGGGACGUCUCUGGAAAGUUUGGACGUCUUUGACAGUUGGGCAGAAGAGACAAGACGUGUGGACCAACAUGAAGGUGUGUUGUUGCUGUUGAUGUUACCAUUGCGACUUCAGUCUCCAAGCUGGACCGAGUGCUCUGACCGGCAGUCCACAUGGAGAGGGAGACCGUUGGACUGGACCCUGUCCCCGCUCCAGAGCCUAGUGGGCCACCGGCCUGCAGCCUGGCCUCCCUGCGGCGCCGUGCCUGGGCCAAAAGUAGAGAGUCCACCUGGCAGGAGACGCAGAAACCGGAGUCCUCUAGCCCCGUCCAACCGCAGCCCAACUGCAGGGGUACUGAUGUGGACUCUCAGAGAACCUCAGAAGAACCAGGGCUCAGUCCCAACAAGAUCACCAGCUGGCUCGACCAAUGCAGGACACCACUGGCUGUCUCACUAGAUGACCAGAGUGCGUCUCCCAGCAAAGCAGGAGCGCUGAGGAACGGCUGCAGCUUUGAAGAUGACCUUUCCCUGGGAGCUGAAGCUGACCAUCUUCAAUCCAGCAACAAGAAGACUGGAUCCUGCGGUGGUCUCGCCGCCAAUCAGAAAAGGAGUCAGUACAAAGAAAAAGGAAGAAGUAUGAACUCUACUGGGUCAGGCAAGAGCAGCACCGUGUCCAGCGUGUCCGAGUUGCUUGACCUUUAUGAGGAGGACCCGGAGGAAAUCCUCCUUAAUCUUGGCUUCGGUCGAGAUGAACCAGACAUGUCCUCCCGAAUUCCCUCGAGGUUCUUCGACAGCUCGUCCUCAGCACGUGGCAUCGACAUCAAGGUUUACUUGGGAGCUCAAUUGCAGCGCAUGGAGGUGGAGAACCCAGACUUCGCUCUGACAAGUCGCUUCCGUCAGAUUGAGGUCUUAACCACUGUUGCCAAUCAGUUCAUCCAGCUGUACGGUCAUGUUUCUGGUCAGCCGGUCCAAAGUGUCAGCAGCAAGGAUCAAGGAGGAGAAGGAGGGGGCAACGGCGUCAAAGAGGAAUCGCCUCCUCCUCUCAAGAGGAGAAACUCGGCUCUCAAUGCUGCCAAAUUGCUGAAGAAAACCCUUACCAAACACAACCUGCUGACACCGUCCCCUGAGUUGUCGGCCACCCGAGCAUCAAAUCAGCCCGCCAACAAAGGUCAGCCCGAUGAUGACCUUGCAAAAAGCCACACCAACAACGGGCCUGCUCAGGACAGCGACACUGCCGAGCAUGAUCACCACGCCGACUCAGCCAACCAGAAGCAUGUUCGCAAGAAGGACAGUUGCUCCCUGGCGACGGUUACAGAGGAAACCAACGGGGACGGAGAAUCAGAGCGCCUGACAGAAGACAGUCCUGAACUCAACAGUAAGCAUCAGCCAGAGUCACCUGACUCUCAGCCAGCCAAUCAGAGAGCAGAUGAACAGACGACCAAAGUGGACGAAAUGAACAUCAUCUCUACCACUGACAAAGCUCCUCCCUCUCUAGCCCUGCCGCAGCUUCUUCAUUUACGUAUAGAGAAGGCAGACUCCUUUGACAUGGAGGAGAUUCUGAGUAACGAAGACGAGGCUCUUCUAUCCAGAAGGUCCAUGAAGUCAGACCUGCUGAGGACAGCCAGCCAGCAUUCUGACAGCAGUGGCUUUGCCGAGGAGCCGUCUGUCGACUCCAGCAACCUCAAGGUGCAGGAGAGUAGUGACAGCUGUGACAGUGAGACUACGGUGACAUCACACCCUUCACAAGAUGUCUCCACGCCCAUCGCUCUGGACCAACCGGUCUUCGUCCUGCCAGAAUGCAAUGCAGAAGUGGCAGAGCCUAUUAGUGCAUCUGAGGCUGUUGGGAAUUCCCAGGAAGAGGAUGAGUGUGAUGGAAAUUCCGAGCAGGUCCCGCAGUACACAGCACACCAGCUCCCCAAGAACUGUCCACAGGAUGAGACCCAAGAUGUAGAGCAGGAUGGGAGUAAUCUGGUACCAGAAUCUGAACCAGAACAAAGUCAGAACCAGGAAAAGGCAGCAGUUGGUACAGAACCUUCCCAACAGGCUGCUGACGGGGCCCAAGUAGACCCUUCUUGUAGUCUCCCUGCUUCCAACUCUCCUAUCCUCAAUGCACUAAGCCGGGCCAAACAGCGGCUCGGCUCCCAUUCCAGUGAUCGGCGUCCAGUCACAAGCAGGAGGCGGCUCAGAGGCGGACACCCCCUGCACAGGUCAUCUUCCCUCCCCUCCUCGUUGCUCUCGCCCUCCAAGGUGGUGUCAUCCGUCAAGAUUGAGUUCGGGCAGGGCCAGACGUCUUGUAGCCAGCCCCGCUACGCCUUCCGGUACAUUCAGGAGCCCACUGGAGACCAAGAGACCACUGCCUCGUCCACCUGUAUCUCCACUCUUGUCAUUAACCACUCCUCCAAGUCCACAAACCAAUCAGCGCUUCUUGCAGAAGACUGUGCCCCACCCAAACUUACCCCUCGACACCUCAUCCACUCCUCAUGCUCACUAAGAAGAUGUGCCAGUCCUCCUGUAGAUUGGCCAGCAGCGCGAAGUGCCCAACCCCGGAUCACUCAGAGCGUUCCAGAUCUCUCCUCCAACCAGGAGCAGUUUGGCCGCUUCCAGCAGGGCAUGACUCCUGAUCAGUCAGUCAUGUUCCUUUCCCCCAGUCCAAGUCCCAGUCCUAACCUGAGACAGGAGACCCCUCUGUCCGCCCCCCAUAUCAACCCCUCGUUCCUGUACCCCACGCCUUUUCAUCCUUACGCCAGCCUUCCAAACCUUCAUCACCCCCAUCAUUCCAGCAUGCCCAGUCUCCUCCCCCAGCCCACCAACAUAUCCCACCUGCACCCUCUGCACCCACCUGCCAUGGUCACACCCCCCCAGUACACCAGUCUGUGGAACCUUCACCCAGGCACUCCCACAUUACACCACUUCCAUCCCAACAGUUAUCAACUGUACCACUCGGCCCCUCACACCCCGCCCUACCUUGGUUCCCAUGGCUAUGACAUUAACCAGGACCACAUUCUGCAUCGGGGGAGCGCGCCUCCAGGCCCAGGCUUCCUCCCAGGUCCCGGCCUGGGUCUUGGCCCCCACCCAGGACUUAUCCCAGGUCUCGGACCCCACCCUGGUUUGUCUCCAAGUUCUAGUCAGGUCUUGUCCAGUACAGAGAUGCAGCUGAGGAGAGUUCUACAUGACAUCAGAGGGACAGUUCAGCGUCUAAACCAGAACCAGGACGAGACAUCUGAUGUGUUCACUGAACACAGAGCGUCAAGCCAACAGUCACUUGCUGACCUCCAGCAGAAGAGACGGAAUCUCAGCUUGUUCCGUACGCAGAUGAUGGACCUGGAGCUGUCAAUCAUCCGACAGCAAGCCUUGGUCUACAAACACCUAAGUCCAGCUGACAGGCUGGAGGUGGAGCACCUUCAGUCUCUGAGGUCAGCUGUCAGAGAUGAACUCCUGGAGCUGGAACAACAGCUGGAAGACAAAGUGAUGGAGUUGACGCAUAAUGGGCCAAGCAAGGGUCUCUAUGGUUAUAGCAGUAUUGAGAAUUUGUGCACAACAUCUACACUAAAAGCCAUGGAGCCGGUGUCAGAUCUCCUCAGAGAGCAGUAUCUACUCCAGUCACAGCUCAGCUGUGAUGACAACGCCCCCUCGACAGCCUCCUCCUCGCCACCUACCAGUCACACACUGAGCGGGGCUGUCGAGCAGAGGCCGGGCGUGUACCGGGCUUCCAUCAACAUCACCCCCGCCCCGCCGCCUCGACCCAUCAGACAGGCGGAGGUAGAGGAGGAUACAGAGGAGGGGACGGUAGCCUUGGGUGGAGGCAAAGAGAUACCACAGGAUGAGGAAGAGGUGCAGGAUGCAGGAGUCAAGGGGGAAAACCUGCAGGACCUCAUCAGAGAGAUUAGGGAAAGUGUUGCCCAGGAGGUCCGACGGGAGAUCUUCAAUGAGUUGAUGGCUGCUGUGUCGCCACGGCAAUCACCACUGCCUGCUGCCAGACAGUAGCUUCUGCGGCAACACCCUCCACCUCAGAAUGCACCAUCACUGCCUGUCUGUAUCACUGUAAGAGCAGCCUUAAUGGUCUGCAACACUGAAUGUCUGUAACACUGCAUGGGAUAGACUCCCACACCCGCCUGGCCCUGGAGAAGGCACUGCAGGAUGUGGGCCAGUGCUGAGCUAAAGCCUUAACUUAAAAAAACAUAAUAAAAUCAAACCACUGUCAGGAAAACUGUGACCAGAACCAGGACCUGUCAGAAUGACUGUGCCUUCAUCUCACUGCAGUGAAAAUUGCAAAAAUAAGUGAUCAUGUUGUUCAUCUCUUUCAUUAUAAAUGAGGGAUGCAGCCAGCUUGUUUCUUGUAUUCGUGGUUAAACAAGCAAACCACCUAAAAACUUGGGAGAAAAAGAGCAAAAAGGAAAUAAAAAGUUAACCUGUUGGUACUAAUAAUGGUAAUAAUAAUUACACUAUUAAUUAACUAAUAACACAAAGCUGACAUUGGGGUGUAAAGAUGUUUAAACUGACAUACUCUGAUAUUUGAAUCAGCCCUGAGCACACUAAUAAAUACCUGUAAAUAAUCAUUAUGUGACAGAGGUGUCCAAAGUGCGCCCCGAGAUCCAUUUGCAGUUUGCUUUUUAUUAUUGUGCGGCGUAAAAAAUCCAAAAGGCAAACAAAAAAAGCAAAAGGACUACAAAACUAUUGACACUAAUGAUAAUAUAAAUUAACACAAAGUUCAUAGUUUUGUGUACAAGAUAAGAACAAUGCAAAGCAUUCUUGUGAUUUGUCAAUAUUCAGCUCUCUGGAAAAAUUUGGACACCCCCGUUAAAAAGAAAAAUACAACUAAUGUCAACUUUCCUUCACUGCACUGGGCUGGAGGCUCAACAACAACAACAAAAUCUCAUUGUCACACUUCACAAAGCCAAGCAAUGGGUUGUGUCCGUUUGUUUACAUUCAGCACACUUGUGCCUUCAUUCCAAUACUCAUUUCACUCUCAGCCACCGUCACCCUUCAUCAUCAUCAUCACUGCCUUGCUUGUACUAGGAACAAUCAUAGAGGACCUUUUUUUGUUUUCUUAUGCAGUAAAAUUAACAUUUGUUCAGGACUAAAAAUGCCACUGCUUGAAUGUUGAAUGUGCGUAUGACGCAUAGUAGUAGUAUCGGUGUUAGCUGUUAGCUUACCCAUGACUACAUUGGUGAUGGUGGUUGUUGUUGCACAUGCAUGCUACAUGUUAAGGCCAACAAAAUUUGUGAAUAUAAACAGUAGCGGGCUGCACGGCUGAUGAGUGGUUAGUGCGCAGGCCACACAGCUAGGAGACCCGAGUUCAAUUCCACCCUCGGCCAUCUCUGUGUGGAGUUUGCAUGUUCUCCCCGUGCAUGCGUGUCUCCGGGGACUCUGGUCUCCUCCCACAUUCCAAAAACAUGCUAGGUUAAUUGUUGACUCCAAAUUGUCCAUAGGUAUGAAUGUGAGUGUGAAUGGUUGUUUGUCUAUAUGUGCCCUGUGAUUGGCUGGCAGGGGUGUACCCCGCCUCUCACCCGAAGACAGCUGGGAUAGGCUCCAGCACCCCUGUGACCCUCGUGAGGAUCAGCGGUAGAAAAUGAAUGAAUGAAUAAACAGUAGCAAACUGUAACAUAUCGAUCUCAUCACCCUAGAAUCAAUCUGAUACUGAUACUACUUUUGGUAUUGAUAAUAAAAGCUUAAUAUGCUAGCGUGCAUGCUAACCUAGCCGCCAAUUGAACAGCUAACCGGCCCAUUUGUCAAUUGGACUUCUUUUGAAAGAAAGGCAAUGACUGUUUCAACAUUUUAAUCUCUGGAAUUGUUGAUAGUGAUGGUAAGCUCAUGUGAAGGUGUGCAGAUGUUGUGUUGGCUGAUGGUCAACGAAAGCUGUGAGGAGCCUCAGAUGUGUCAUAAGGAUGUUAGCUCCAAGCUUAAAUAAUGCAUUUAUAAAGGGAUUAUAGUGGGUUUGUCAUUUGAGGGCAGGCCACGUUACGACGCUUCCAUCCAUCAUGUCUCAUGGCUGGUGAAUUAUGUGUCACACCUAUUGAAUGUCGAACUACAUUGCAUUGCAUUGCAUUGUCUCUUUGAGGUUUUGGGAUCGUUAAUGCUCGCUUAGAAUCAUCAUCCAGUUGAUUCUUUCACUGUUCCUUCCAUUAGUGCCAAGCUCUUCUUGCACCACAUUUGUUUUUCUUUUAUUUUGUGGUGCACGUCUAAUCAUCAUUUGACCUUUGGCCUCAUUUUCCCUUUUGCCUUUUACUGAGUGUGUGUGUUUUGUACUGCCGGUAACACAAUGCGGGGAGGGAGCACUCAUUACAGAGAAGAAUAAAGAUGUAUUUAUUUUCAUUACAA